UCCUAAUGUCAGAGGGAAAAGAUUAAAAAAGGGGAUACAAGAAUGCGGGUGAAUGCUUUGGGAAGAGUUACCAGUGCAUAAGAAUGCAUUGCAUUAAAUAGACCCGAAUAAUGAAAAGAUUCAUGUAAAAGUUACGAUAAACUACAAGGGACAUGAUCUUUUCCUCUGCGAGAUCUGGUUUUCAGCAGCAUUGCGGCAGACAGUGUGCAGUGUUGUGGAAUGGCCAUGGGCUCAUGUCGGUAAAGAGUGCUUUUGUCCUUUUCGCCAGCCACGAAAUGGAGUUCUUGGCUCCCCUCUGUAUCUGGUUGUCUUCCGUGUCUUGGCUCGUGUUGGUACUCGUAGGCUGGUUGGAGGGCAAUUCGGGUAAGUCUCCAUUGCCUUGUAGCGAUCUUUCACAAACACAUGGUGCAGAUAAAGAUUUUUCUCUUGAAAACUAGAUUUUUGAAUAUUACAAUUUCCCUUAGUCAUACGUGUUAGUACUUAAGGUACUGCCAUGUAUCACAAUAACAGACAUGCUGUCACCUGCACACAGCCGUAGAGGACAGCUGGGAUGCUAACGCGGCCAUGGUGGUGAGAGACGUUCUGCUGGCGUCAUCAGAAAGCGACUCGUGUCUCGUCAUUAUUGCAGAAAACAGUUUGUUGUCUGAAAUGGAAACAUUCAUUGGGGCCUCGAGGAGCGUGGCGGUGUUUGAAUCAGUCACAAAUGGGUCCCGGCUCUCCGAGAUAGUCACUCGUGCCCGCCAGGUGCGGGUGGCGUCGUGGAUGGUCGUGGUGGUGGUGGUGAGUGACGACCCAGUCUUCCUGGCCGCCUUCGCCCAACAGGCCCGUGAGGGUCGCCUGCUGGUGUGGGCCACGAGGCUCAUUGUGGUGAGCCGACGUUCGCCGCACGGCCUCCAGCCGCUCCACCAGACUCUCGCCUUUACCAACUCCCUUCUGCUGCUGGUGGAUGGCACGAUGGGGAUGAGCAGGUGUGUGGCUGCGUCUUUGUGGAAGUUGUGCUGUACUUAGACGAGCCUCGCAUGUGGUGUCUGCUUUACUGUAUGCUUGUGAACACUGUCACGGCCAAACACUUCACCGCUGUUCUAGGGCUGUUGGGUGGGUGGUGCUGCCAUACCAACGGUCUGGCGUCGUCCCCUUGCGGGUUGCGUCCUGGACGGUGGGGGGCAACCUUUCAUUGUUUCGGCCGCUGUUUUGGGACAAAUUUAGCAAGUGAGAGGCGCUAUCAUUAGUUAUUUAUAUUAGACACUGAAUGUG